GGCCUUCCGUAAAUUAUCGAAGUCAACUAUCCAAGUCGAUGGUGCUGAGAGGAGGGGCUCUAAAGAAGGCUGUGGAAACAAAUGGGCUCGGCCAGGAUCUACUAAAAACUAGUAUAUUCUUUGAAACACUCCAAUUCCAAACUAAUCUAGAAGAGCGUUCAUAUUUGUUUGUGAAUCUCCUCAGCGACAUCGGUGGUCAAAGUGGACUUUGGGUUGGCCUUUCUGUCCUCUCUGGAAUGGAAAUAUUGGAGUUCUUCUACGUCAUAGCCAAAUGUCUCCUCCGCCUGAAGGUGCAGUCCGAUGAGGAUCGCGGUGAAGAGAAAAUAGACUCCGAUGAUGAUGAAGCCGCAAAUAACAUGACUUGUGCUUAACGUGACAACAUGAGCGUGCGAUUUGGUUGGCCACAAGGAUAAUACCCUUGCUCGCCAGUGCGU